AUGGCCCAAAAUGACUGCCUAGCUACUAGAGCUAUAGCACUGUCACAGCCCACAAGGCACUCACCAUCCUCACCACCCUCCCCCACCACCAGGGUGUCUCAACAGACCCUCACUCCCUUGGAAAUCAUGUCAUUCCUGAAUGAAAAAAUAGUUGACACCACCUCUGCAAGAGAAUACUUAGACAGCCUUCUCCUCAUGGGGGUAGGUCAGCCAAUGACCCCAAAACACCUAUCAAACAUGGUGUUCCACAUGUUACAAACAAAUGGCAUCACUGCCACAGCCUUCCUCCUUUGGGAGCAUCAUAUGUCAGAGCAAUUGAACAAAAUAAUCCAAGAAGUCAGCAAGAUGCUAGUAUCCUCUGUGAUAUCAGCCAUAGCCCUGCAAGUGGCCAAGGUCCCAGAGGCCUCAGAAACCCUUGCGAUGACUGCCACCACACUGACUGCAUCCCCACCUCCAACCAGCUCAUACAAGGGCGCUCUGCUAAGCACCAACCCCCUGCCAGAAAAACAUGCUAAUCCUCUCCCAUCAGACCUAGCUUGCACACACUUGGCCCUCAAAGAAAGAAAGAUCCUCAUUGAUCUCAAUGCAAACAACCCCCACACUCAGCAGAACUCAACCAAAGACACUCUGAUCACCAUGAUCAAGGAAGCACUCAACAUGCUAGGAAUGGAUGAGAGCCCACCAGUCAAACUCAAGUCACAAUCCUGGCUGUGCAACAGCAGCCUAGUGCUAGAACUCAACUCAACUGAAGCAGCCAAAUGGCUCCUGGACCCCCAGGGGAAGACCACCUUCCUUGAGACCAUGGAAGACACCACCAUCUGGGAAAGAUCAUACAAUGUCAUGAUCCCUUUUGUCCCCAUAACCAAGCAGCUGGAUUCCAGGGAGGCCCUCGCUGAAAUAGAAAAAGAAAGUGACAUACCAGUAGGAAGUAUCAAAGAAGCAAAGUAG